CUCUCCACCAGCACCCUCACCACCUCAAGCUCCCCGCCUCUUCUCCGGUCCCGCUGCAAGACUCCGCUUCUGUCUUGCAACUCCUCACGGCCUCCUUUCCCGACCCACCUUCUCCGACCCUCCGUUCUCCGUCAUCAUGGCUCGCGUCGGUGUGCCCAAGGACAUCGCGGCUGUCUCGCUGCCGAACCAGGGCUCCGUCAAGCUCUUCGGCAAGUGGGACGCGUCGGAGGUCGAGGUCAAGGACAUCUCCCUCACGGACUACAUCUCGCUGCGCAACGCCGUGUACGUGCCGCACACGGCCGGCCGCUAUGCCAGCAAGCAGUUCAAGAAGGCCCAGAUGCCUAUCGUUGAGCGCCUUGUCAACUCGCUCAUGAUGCACGGCCGCAACAACGGCAAGAAGCUCAUGGCUGUGCGCAUUGUUGCCCACGCCUUCGAGAUCAUCCACCUGCUCUCGGACCAGAACCCCGUCCAGGUCCUUGUCGACGCCAUCGUCAACACCGGCCCGCGCGAGGACUCGACGCGCAUUGGCUCGCAGGGCACUGUCCGCCGCCAGGCCGUCGACGUGUCGCCGCUGCGCCGCGUCAACCAGAGCAUCACGCUCAUCACCACGGGCUGCCGCGAGUCGGCCUUCCGCAACGUCAAGUCGGUGGCCGAGUGCCUCGCCGACGAGCUGAUCAACGCGGCCAAGGGCUCGUCGAACUCGUACGCCAUCAAGAAGCGGGACGAGCUCGAGCGUGUCGCCAAGAGCAACCGUUAAGCGCGCGUCAUUGCUGCUGCUACUGCAUUGCUCCUGUGCACAUGCUCUGUACUUGUGUGAUGAGAGGGAGGGAGAGACCUGGGUACGACGAUGGAGCGCCGGCGGCGGAGACGGCGAAGAUGAUCAGCUUUCAAUGUUACACUGCACCCCAUUGCUCGAC